GAGAAUACUUUAGAUCAGGGGCAGAUAAAGUUUCCAUUGGUAGUGAUGCUGUGUACGCUGUAGAAAAAUAUCUUGCAAAUGAUAAGAAAUUAUCAGGAAACACUGCAAUCGAAACUAUCGCUCGUGCCUAUGGGUCCCAAGCAGUUGUAAUUUCGGUAGAUCCAAGACGCGUUUACGUCGAUUCUCCAGCUAAUGCGAUGGGACAUCACGUUAUCCCAACGGCAUACCCCGGUCCCAAAGGGGAAACUUGGUGUUGGUAUCAAUGUACCGUGAAAGGCGGUCGUGAAGGUCGAGAUAUUGACGUUCAUCAACUAGUUACUACCUGUGAAGCUAUGGGUGCCGGCGAAAUUCUCCUUAAUUGUAUGAAUAAAGAUGGGACCAAUUCUGGGUACGACUUAGAAUUAAUACAAGAUGUAAAAAAAGCGGUCGAUAUACCGGUUAUCGCAUCAAGUGGUGCAGGACGUGAAGAACAUUUUGAAAAGGUCUUUGUUGAAACCAAUGUAGAAGCCGCCCUCGCUGCUGGCAUAUUUCAUCGGCGUGAAGUACCAAUUCAAAAUGUUAAAAACUAUCUAAAAGAAAGAAAUAUAUUGGUGCGAAAUUUAGUUUCCACUUUAUAA